UAUUGCGUGUUUUUUCAUAAAAGUUAAUCCUAAGAAAGUAAUUUAAUUUUCAAUAAUUUCAAGAUUACAAUCAGGUUAACAAGAAAUAAAAUCUCACAGAGAAAGAACGCCAAACGCGCAAAUGAAAAAUACGUCACUCGUGUACCGCUGGCAGUAAGAAAAGUUUUUGUUUUUUUCUGAUUGUGAAUGUGACGAAAUUCCAAUAAAAUUAAAUGCCCGACAUCAAAAUAACGCCUCUUGGCGCCGGUCAGGAUGUUGGCCGUAGCUGUAUCCUUCUCUCAAUGGGAGGGAAGAAUAUAAUGCUGGACUGCGGGAUGCACAUGGGCUACAACGAUGAGCGACGUUUCCCGGAUUUUUCCUACAUUGUGCCCGAGGGUCCCAUCACGAGUCACAUUGAUUGCGUUAUCAUUUCCCAUUUCCAUCUCGAUCACUGCGGCGCUCUGCCCUACAUGUCCGAGAUUGUUGGGUACACGGGUCCCAUCUACAUGACUCACCCCACGAAGGCGAUUGCCCCCAUUUUGCUGGAGGACAUGCGUAAAGUAGCCGUGGAGCGCAAGGGGGAGAGCAACUUCUUCACCACACAGAUGAUUAAGGAUUGCAUGAAGAAGGUCAUAGCAGUGACACUGCAUCAGAGCGUCAUGGUGGACUCAGAACUGGAGAUUAAGGCCUACUACGCGGGUCACGUUCUGGGAGCUGCAAUGUUCUGGAUCCGUGUGGGGAGCCAGAGCGUCGUCUACACGGGUGACUACAAUAUGACACCCGAUCGGCAUCUAGGUGCUGCAUGGAUAGACAAAUGCAGACCGGAUUUGCUCAUUUCCGAAAGCACCUACGCCACAACAAUUCGCGACUCAAAACGCUGUCGUGAGCGUGAUUUCCUGAAGAAGGUGCACGAAUGCGUUGCACGCGGGGGUAAGGUACUCAUUCCUGUAUUUGCUCUGGGACGUGCCCAAGAGCUGUGCAUCCUCCUGGAAACAUAUUGGGAACGAAUGAACCUCAAAUAUCCCAUCUACUUUGCCGUGGGGCUCACUGAGAAGGCCAAUAACUACUACAAGAUGUUCAUUACGUGGACAAAUCAGAAGAUUCGAAAGACCUUUGUACACAGAAAUAUGUUUGAUUUUAAACACAUUAAACCCUUCGAUAAGGGCUACAUUGACAAUCCGGGAGCAAUGGUGGUGUUUGCCACCCCUGGAAUGCUGCAUGCUGGUCUCUCUCUGCAGAUCUUCAAGAAAUGGGCCCCACAUGAGAACAAUAUGGUCAUUAUGCCAGGCUACUGUGUCCAAGGAACGGUUGGUCAUAAGAUUCUUGGCGGAGCUAAGAAGGUCGAGUUUGAAAAUCGCCAGGUUGUGGAUGUGAAGAUGUCCGUGGAAUACAUGAGUUUCUCAGCACAUGCCGAUGCUAAGGGAAUCAUGCAGCUGAUCCAGUACUGUGAGCCAAAGAAUGUACUCCUUGUACAUGGAGAAGCGCUCAAGAUGGAAUUCCUCAAGGAGAAGAUCAAAGAAGAGUUCAGCAUCGAAUGCUACACACCCGCCAAUGGGGAGACGUGUGUAAUUAAUACCCCUGUAAAGAUCCCCGUGGACGCCUCCCUCAACCUCCUGAAGGCCGAAGCAAAGAAGUACAAUGCCCAACCACCGGAUCCCAAACGACGACGCAUAAUUCAUGGUGUUCUCGUAAUGAAGGACAACAAGAUAAGCCUGAUGAAUGUCGAAGAGGUGUGCAAAGAGGCUGGUAUUCAUCGUCACGUGAUGAAAUUUACGUCCACCGUGAAGCUGGAGGAUACGGAUCCUGCUGUAAAGACCACAGAGAAGCUGUACAAUCUGCUGCAGGAUAAACUGACGGAUUGGAAUGUUGUGCUUCAAGACAGCGGAACAAUCUCAGUUGAGAGUGUUGAUUUAACCAUCGAGGAUCUCAAUGAUAAGCACAAGAAAGUCUUUGUCUCCUGGACCAAUCAAGAUGAAGAUCUUGGAAGCUACAUUUUGGGAUUACUGCAGAAUAUGGGGUGAUAAAAAUUUGUUUCAAUAAUGUUUAAUAAAAAUGAUUUUGAAUAUUUUA